GUUUAGUUGAAAGAUGACGAGGUACUUCACAGCGCUAACGGCCACUCUGUUGGUUCUCCUCGCGUUCUCAGCCGUGAAGGCAUUGGGCUCAUGCGGUGAGGAAAUCAAGAGCCAGAGGCUGAGUUCGUGCAGUGAGUACCUGAGAGAUAGCAGCCGAUUUGAUGAGUCGGAAAGCGGGUGGCGAGAGGAGUUUCCCAGGUGCUGUGAGGAGCUGGAGCAGAUUAAUGAGCAAUGCAGGUGCCAAGCACUAAGCCAGGUGACUCAACAGCAAAUGGUCCAGGGAAGAGAGAAGCAAGAGAUGUUGAGAACAGCACAGAGUUUGACCAGCUUGUGCCGUAUCCCACCUCAAUCCUGUGAAAUCCAGCUGCGCGGUCUUAAUGCAUUUUCAGUCUAGUAUCUCUAGUAAAUAACAAGUUGGGCUUUAACGAUGGCCCUGCAUGCAGCCUGCUUGAAUUAUUAAUAAAAACGUC